GUGUGCAGGUUGCUUCUCUAUAAAUCCGAAGCUUGACUAUUCUCUCCAAACUCUCAUUCCCCUCCUUGCACCCUCUUCUCCUAGCUAGUUCCUCAAGGCACGCGGCCGCCAUGGACAUGGACAUGAGCUCGACUACCCACCCUCACCACUGGCUCUCCUUCUCCCUCUCCAACAAUUACAACCAUGGCCUCCUCGAGGCCUUGUCCAGCUCUUCCUCCGGCCAUCACCUUCAUGGAGGGGAGGGACCAGUGGAUGAGGUGCCUAAGAUGGAGGACUUCCUUGGCGGGGUGGGCGGCUCCGGCUCAACGACCGCGGAAGACCAUGUCGGGUGCGGCGAGCUGGGUAGUAUCGCUGCCGGGUUCAUGCACAGGUAUACGGCGCCUGAGAUGCCGGAGAACACCGGCGCGGUGACCGUUGCGGCUGCGGCUACCGACGUGGUGGAGUCCGAUCAGGCGAGGAGGCCUGCCGAGUCGUUCGGCCAGCGCACGUCCAUCUACCGCGGCGUCACCAGGCACCGGUGGACGGGGAGGUAUGAGGCGCACCUGUGGGACAACAGCUGCCGCCGGGAAGGCCAAAGCCGCAAAGGCCGCCAAGGUGCUUGCAUGCAUGUCUUCACACAGCUUUUGUCCAAUAUAAUCCUGCAAAGGCACAAAUUCUGAUAUCUAACAUGCUCCUUGUCUACCUUUUUCCCACAAAUCUCUCAACUUGCUGGCGCAUUGGUGAUAAUUCCUCGAUCUU